UGGCAUCUCUGGGGCCAAUAGGAGGCUUUGAAAUAUCCUAAAAGGUUUUGCAAAGCAAGUUUUGCAAAUUUUGGUUUUUGAAACUUGUUUAGAGUUUUAGUUUUAUACUUUAAUAGAAACAUAAUGGAAGAGAUCUCGAACAACAACCAGUAUCAGGAGUUACUUGAGUUGACGAACCAUAAAGGCGUUUUUCCUAAUAAUGCCGAAAAUGAAUGUUUUAUUUGCAGUAAUAUAACUCCUCCCGGCGAGGGUGUUAUCCUUAAAAGCUGUUUACACACUUUUUGCAAAAAAUGUGUACAAGAAUCAUUGCUGAAAACAGCAACCGUGGCAUGUCCCUAUCCCUACGGGAAAUUCGAAUGCGAAGGAAUAAUUUCCGAUAGUGAAGUGGAAGCAAUUUUGUCAAAAGACCAGCAUCAUAAUUUUUUGGAGCGCCUCUUUGCUUCCAUUGAUAUCCAAGAAACAACCAAUGUAUACGAAGAUCUAAACUUACUGGUGACAUUAACGGAUGCGUCGGUAGUACCAAAUCAAACUCCUUUUGAAUGUCCGGUAUGUUAUAUACCAAUUGGCGCAUUUGAAGGAGUUAUUUUACGAGAAUGUUUUCACGCAUUUUGUCGGGAAUGUUUAGCUGAAACAGUAAAGCAUGCAGAUGAUGCGGAAGUGCAAUGCCCAUUCCAGGAGAAUGGCAAUUCUUGUAAAAGUGUUAUUGAAGACCGGGAAAUCAAACAGUUAUUAAACGAAAAAGACUAUAACCUUUACCUAGACCGCUCACUAAAAAGGGUUGAAAGUUUGGCCAGCAAUGCAUUUCAUUGUAAAACACCAGAUUGCACGGGGUGGUGUUUUCUGGAAGACGACGUAUCUGUUUUCCAAUGUCCAGUUUGCGUCGCUGAAAACUGUUUACGCUGCAAGGCAAUUCACCGAGGACUGAGCUGUGAGGAGUAUAGCGAUGGCAACUAUGAAAACCAGCAGUCGGAGAUAACUAAAAAAAAUUUAAUUGCGGCCAGAGAAGCAAUGCCUUGCCCGAAGUGCAAAAUUUUGAUUACAAAAAAUGGUGGAUGCGACGCUAUAAUAUGUCACAUGUGCAAAACGAAUAUCUGUUGGGUUACAAGAGGACCACGUUGGGGGCCGGGUGGUGUUGGUGACACAUCUGGUGGAUGCAGAUGCAACAUAAAUGGUAGGAAAUGCCACCCAUGCUGUACAAAUUGUCAUUAGUUGCGAACAGAGUGAAUAAGAUAUAUGAGCAAACGAAUGGACUGGUUCCCUCUUAAUAAAAAAAUAAAAUAAUUUGCAAUUUACUGUUUAUUAUAUUUGAAUUUUGCCUCCAGAUCAACAUGUUUUUAUACUGACAAUAUGAAUUCAAAAUCAUGUGUUACCAUCAAGCUCAAAAUUUUUAUUUCAUCGCUGCCCACUUGUAGCAA